CAAGUGGUGAUUGUGAUAGUAGUAGUGGUGGUGCGCUGUGAGGCUCGGGUUUGCGUCGGGACUCGGGCAAAUCAGAUUACUGGGAAGGUAAACUGGAUUCUGACGUAAGGGUUUAAACCCCGGUGGAGCAGCAUCGCCUGCACUUGUGCUCGCUCACGGUGAAGUCAGCAGUCGGUGGGAGUCGCUCGGUGCAACAUCCAGUCAACAAGCCGUGUAUCCAGCGACCCGGGCAUGACUCCUCAAAUAUCUGUGUGAGCGAGCCGACGACUGGUAACAUGGCUUCCUGCCUGCAGAUCGCUGACGAUGAGAGAGGCCAUGAGCUGGAGCUUUUCUGUGUGCCCAAACAUUACGAGAAUGAUUUGGACAGGGUGAUCAUCCCCCAUGGACUGAUCAUGGACAGGACAGAGCGUCUGGCCCGCGACAUAAUCCGGGAUAUGGGGGAACACCACAUUGUGGCUCUGUGCGUCCUUAAAGGAGGCUAUAAAUUCUUUGCAGACCUGCUGGACUACAUCAAAGCUCUGAACCAGAACAGCGAUAAAUCAGUCCCGCUGACGGUGGAUUUCAUUAGGCUAAAGAGCUACUGUAACGACAAAUCAACGAACAACGUCAAAGUCAUAGGAGGGGAUGAACUGUCCAAUCUAUCGGGCAAGAAUGUUUUGAUAGUUGAGGACAUAGUGGAGACGGGGAGGACAAUGCAGACGCUACUUUCCCUGCUGAGUGAAUGUAAUCCCAAGAUGGUUAAAGUGGUAAGUCUUCUGGUGAAGAGAACCCCGAGGAGUUCAGGGUACAGACCAGACUACAUUGGGUUUGAGGUGCCGGACGCCUUCCUGGUGGGCUACGCUCUGGAUUACAACGAGUACUUCAGAGAUCUCAGUCACAUCUGCAUAAUGAACGAUCAAGCAAAGGAGAAGUACAAAGUGUGAGCAGAGCUCUGCAGAGGCAGUGAGUGAAUGACUGAACGAAGACUAGGACCACUGUGAUGAUGCUCCGUAGCUUCUCUUGUGUUUUGAAACUUAUUUAUUUUUCUACAUGGAAAAAAAAAAAAAAAAAAAGAAUCCACAAAAGGUGAACUUGUGGGUUGGGAAAUACUUAAAGGAAAUUUCUUUUUUCCCCCCUAUUGAAUGAGUGGGAUGAAUCAUUAUUAUUAUUGUUAUUAUUCUUAUGAUGAUUGGUUGGUUGUUUAAUUUUAAUUUAUUUAUUCUCUUAUCUGUAUAGCCUUUGUCGCUUAAACUGCGGUUUUGUCUUGGAGACUGUAAACAGAAUAUUCUCCUCAUUUCGAUCUCGCUCAUCAUUGUCACAGACGUCUCAGGCUGCUGCACUGUAAUUUUCACAUCCGAUGAACUGUCAGUGAAGUGUAAGUAGCCUUCACAGUUUGUACAAACCCUGCGUUUCUGUUUCGACUGCUGAUAUACCCACUCAUAUCUGCCAUGCAAUGACUGACCUGGAAUGUACUGUAAGAAUAUUUUAUUUCAUAUUAUGACAUGUUUUCAUUGAGAACCUGUUUACAACAAUAAAUCCUGUGAAUUGA